UUUUGGUGUCGUUGAUAAGUGAUAACUAUUGGUAAUAUUGUGUGGUUCCUGUUUUACCAAUCUGCACAACCAGUAAAGCUUCUACCAUGAUAGCACAGGACACCUAUUAUACAGGGCUUGUCCUGUGUCCGACAUGUGCCUGCAAAGUCAUACCAUUUCAAUUGACAUUCCAAUUCACAAUUCUCAUAUAAUUUUCAUGACUAAUUGAACAAAUUAAGCAGAAGAAAUCAAACUUUUAACCAUAUAUGUUAAUAAAUAAAUGAUAACAAAUUAAUCAACCGAGUCUUCAAUGAAAUUUACUGAAUACUGAAGACUUCAACUAUGUAUUUAUUUUUUUCAUGAUAUGAUAUUAGUUACAACUAUAUAAAUGUCAUAAUUUAAUAUAAUGUUUAUUGAAAUUUUUGUAAUCACAACUAUGAUGGCAUCAACCACAUUUAUAUAAAAUUUAUGGGAGGAUAUCACAUAUUUUUUUUCUACUUAUAUCUACCUUCUUUUUGGUUCUUAUCAACUAUGAUGGCAUCAACCACGUUUAUUGAGGGAAGACUCAGCUCUCCUAAUAAACAAAACAUUCCUGUUGUAUUUAUCAUCCGUCAUUACUAAUAAAAAAAUAUGAAUAAACAAUCAUUAAAUUCUUAAACAAAAGAAGAACAAAUGCUUUGACCUUACAUUACAUCUUUGCAAACUAGAUCUGAUAUCUCUUAACAAAACACUCUGAAAACUUGUACCUGUCUGAAUUCACUUGUGACAAAAAUGGCUGAAGGUUUGUUGUUUAACACGAUUGAGAAGCUGAUCGGGAAGCUGGGUUCUAUGGCUGUGGAGACCUGGAACAUGAGAGAUGAUCUUGAAAAGCUGGUGGAAAACAUGUCUGAGAUCAAGGCUGUGGUUUUGGAUGCAGAGGAGCAGCAGAGCAACAGCCAUCAAGUUCAACUUUGGUUGGAAAAGCUCAAAGAUGCUCUUGAUGAUGCAGAUGACUUGCUUGAUGACUUCAACACUGAAGAGUUAAGGCGACAGGUGAUGACCAGUGACAAGAAGGCUAAGAAGUUUCGCAUCUUCUUCUCAUCUUCUAACCAAAUUUUCUAUUCAUUCAAAAUGGCUGGGAAAAUUAAGGAACUUGGUAAGAUAAUUCAGGACCUUAAUGUUGGUAAAAGAACUUUUAACUUUACAAAUCGUACUCCUGAGCGACGAGUUUUGAAACAAAGAGAAACUCAUUCCUUUGUUCGUGAGGAAGAAGUCAUCGGAAGAGAGGAGGAGAAGAAAGAGUUGCUAGAGUUGUUGUUUGACAACAGCAUCAAUGUGAAAGACAAUGUUUCAGUUAUUUCCAUAAUUGGAGUUGGAGGACUUGGAAAGACUACGCUUGCUCAACAUGUAUACAACGACAAACAAGUGCAACAACACUUUGAAUUGAAGAAAUGGGUGUGUGUUUCUGAUGAUUUUGAUGUAAAAGGUAUUGCUGCAAAGAUCAUCGGAUCAAAAACUAAUAUUGUUGAGAUGGAUAAAGUGCAGCUGGAGCUUCGCGAAAAAGUUGAGGGCAAGAGAUAUCUGCUUGUCUUGGAUGACAUUUGGAAUGAGGAUGGUGAUCUUUGGCUUCAAUUGAUGACACUACUGAAAGACGGAGCAAAAGGAAGUAAAAUAAUUAUCACCACGAGAAGUGAGAUGGUAGCCAAGGUAUGUCGUUCAUCUUCAAUCUUCUUUUUAAAGGGUCUUGAUGAAAAACAAUCUUGGAGAUUAUUCAGCCAACUAGCUUUUGAGAAUGAAAAGGAUCUAGAGAAUGAGAAUUUGGUGUCAAUUGGCAAGGAAAUUGUGAAAAAAUGCUCAGGUGUUCCUCUCGCCAUUAGAAUCAUUGGAUGCCUAAUGUUAACCAUGGAGGAUUGGUCAACUUUCAAGAACAAAGAUCUUGUGAAAAUUGAUGAACAAGGUGGCCAUAAAAUUUUUCAACUUAUCAAACUAAGUUAUGAUCACCUACCCUUUCAUUUGAAAAACUGUUUUGCUUUUUGUUCUUUGUUUCCACAAGAUUUUGAAAUUGAGAAGCAAAUGCUGAUUCGCCUUUGGAUUGCACAAGGAUUUGUUCAGUCAUCAGAUGAAAAUAUAAGUUUAGAAGAUAUUGGUGAAAAGUACUUCAUGGAUUUUGUUCAUAAGUCUUUCUUUCAAAAUAUCACCAAACGAUUUGAUGGCAAGGUACAUUUCCAAAUGCAUGAUAUUGUGCAUGAUCUGGCAAGUGUUAUUUCAAGAAGUGAAUAUCUUUUAGUUAAAGAAAGGGGGCAACAUGUUGACAAAAAAAAUCGUCAUGUCUCUUUUGGCUUUAAAUUGGAUUCUUCAUGGAAGGUUCCAACUUCUCUUCUCAAUGCUUACAAACUAAGGACAUUUUUAUUGCCACUUCAUACAAUUUAUUAUUAUGAAUCUUCAAUGGAAAUGUCUGCGCAUGCUUGUAUUUCCAUCUUGUCAAGUUUUAGUCGGUUUCGUGUGUUGCAUCUUAAUUGCACAGUGUCAAUGAAGAUUCCAUCUUGUAUUGGUAGGAUGAAACAUCUAAGGUAUCUUGACCUUACUUUUAGUAUUAAAGUUGAAGAGCUCCCAAGGUCUAUAACUGAAUUAAUUAAUUUGGAGACUCUUUUACUCAAUUAUUGUGAAAGUUUGAGAGAGUUGCCCAAAGAUCUUUGGAAGUUGGUAAGUCUUCGACAUCUUGAGUUGAAUGGUUGCAGUAGCUUAACUUAUAUGCCACGUGGAAUAGGAAAAAUGACUAAUCUUCAAACACUGACACUAUUUGUGUUAGAUGCGACUUCCAAAGACAGUGCCAGAGCUAGUGAGCUAAGAGGAUUAAAUAAUUUGAGGGGAGAACUAAAGAUAACAGGCUUGCAAUGCUUGAGGCAUUGUCCUACAGAAGCUAAGGACAUCAAUUUAAUGGGGAAGCCACAUCUUCAUCGGUUAUCAUUAAAUUGGAAUUAUGAAGAAAUUGUUGGUGAUGUGAAUGACUUGGAUAAAGAUGAUAUAAUCCUACAUGACAUAGUUAUGCACUCCAAUAUCACGUCCUUGAAAAUAAGGGGAUUUGGUGGUGUGACAAUGUCUAGUUUGGUCAAUUUAUCUACAAGUUUGGAUAAAUUGACUGUAGAGGGUUGCACAAGAUUGCAAUAUCUCGAAAUUGCACCAUUGCAUGUCAAAUGCAUCUGGUUGUGGGAUUUGCCGUCCCUAGAGUGGAUAGUCAACAACAACAACAACAAUGGUGAUAAUUCAUCAACAUUUUGUGCAUCACUCGCAGAGAUAGGUCUUGAAGAUUUACCCAAUCUAAAAGGAUGGUGUAGGUGUAGUGAAGAAGAAAUGUCAAAGGGUUGUUGUCAUCAGUUUAAGAGUCUUGAUCAUUUACUGAUUGAUGACUGUCGUAAUCUAAUUUCCAUUCCACAGCACACAGAUAUCAAGGUAAUAGACCUUGGUGAUGUCACAUCAAAGAUAUUACAACAAGCAGUCACUCAUUCCAAAGUGGAGUUUCUAAAAUUAAAUAAUAUACUUAAUUUUAAAUCUCUACGUGGAGUCUUUCAGCAUCUCACUAGCGUGUGUGAUAUGCAUAUCAGUAAUUGUGAGGAGUUUGAUCCGUGCAAUGAUGAAGAUGGUUGUUACAGCAUGAAAUGGAAAGAACUCACAAACCUCAAAGUGUUGACUUUUGAUAAACUCCCAAAAAUGAAAUAUUUACCUGAGGGGCUUCAGCAUAUUACCACUUUACAAACUCUAAGAAUCAUAGAUUGUGUCAACCUUACAUCUAUACCUGAAUGGGCAACAUCACUUCAAGUAUAUAUACGUGGAUGCCCGAUGGUGACGCCUCUGCCUACAGCGGUGGAAGAUCAAUAGGUUCAAUUUGCGAUUUAUCAUGUUCCCUGCAGGGGACAAAGCCAGGCUCCAUCAUCAACUGAGUCUAGUUAUAUUGGAAGCUUGCUUAGGGAGGAAUGUAUCAACAAUUAGUGUGACCAAAUAAAUAAUUGACAUCCCUUUCUUUGAGGUUGAAACUUAUGUUGAUUGUACUGAUGUAUCAUUUCAAGCUAACUUCUCAAGAACUAGAAUGUGUCUUUAUUCUUAAAUUUUUUAAGCACUAUUCGUGUAAAAUUGCUAUUUUUUCUAGUCUCCCAAAUGUGUUUAUCAAGUUACCCUAUGAGAUUUAUUAUAAAGGGGCUGAAUUAUUUGUUGUUUUUAGCUAAUUUAUAAAUAUGGUUUGCAGAAA